GGUUAAGUAAUAAAGAAAACAAUUGGUCAAUACGAUUAGUAGUCAAUGCAGUUAAACACAAUAUUCCUUGUAAUGAUUUUACAUGUGAGCAUCUAUGGUAUUAUGAAGAUUUUCCAAAUAAUAAAGAGUUUAGAAGACUUCAUAACUAUAAUAUUAAUCAAGUAUGGAAUCCUUAUGUGAUGAUCGAUAAAUACCAACCUACUAAACUUGAAGUAUAUGGACUUGUAUAUAAUUGCAUUGGGAUUCAAAAUGAUCAAAAAACCUCAUUAUCUAAAGAUUUGAAUAAUAAUUGGAUGUGUAACGAAUGGAGGUUACAAUUUAUUGAUGCAGGCCACCUUCCAAUUAAUCAAAAAAAUUUAAUGACUAUAAACAAUUAUACAGAAAGGAUGAAUCGUACAAUUGAAUCCCGAUUAUCUAGAAAACAAACUGUUAUUACAUUUAUUGAGCAAUUAUAUGGAUUAAAAUUGAUGCGUAAGAAUUUAAACGAACAAAGAACAUGA